AUGCAGCCUUCUACGUUUCAGGCAUCAUUCUGGUCACCCAGUGCCUCUGUUGACCGAUCCCCAAAUUUUUCUUACGGUGUCGAUGUUCUUUACAAAAAACUGACCCAAUCAACCGAAGAAAACCAAGCGAUCGCCGAAUAUGUAACACGGCGGUUGGCGGCUGAACAAGCUUAUGUAGACCACCUCAAGUCCAUUGUUAUCAGCAAACCUAACACUAGCACCGGCACCGGCACCAGCACCAGUACUAAUAUCAGUAGUCAGACCAGCAACAUCAGCAACGUUAGCAACACCAACAUACCCAAAGCAUUCGAAAGAGAUCUUGGUGGCGGACUCAAAAGAUGUUUCCAGAAAAUCAAAGACGAGAGCCAGGAAACUGCGCGUGGACAUCGAAUUCGUGUCGAAAGCCUAACAGACGAUGUACUCGAGCCUCUCUCACGGUUCUCGAGCCACUACAAACAGCUCGUGGAUCAGAGUAAAUCUCGUGUGGACAAGCAGAUUUCUGCGUUUGAACAGGCAGUUCAGAAAGUGGAGUUGGCCAAGUCGGCCUAUCAUGUCAAAUGCGGAACCCUCGACAGUCUCUGGCCAUCUGACCCUCUCAUGCCCUCGCUUUCGACCGGUACUAACACCAGUAACAGAAACAGCAACGCAACCAUGUCUUCCUCUUCAUCUUUGACUCCGACCUCCAGAAAACGCUCGGUCAGCUUCUUGCAUCACACGCUUUCCGGGAGAUCUGCGAAACAUCCCCACUGGGAAAUUGCGCACCUUCUGGACGAGUUACAUAAAGAAAGGCCAGGCGACCUGGACGGCAAACUUAUCCUGGACUGGAUUAAAGACCACCUGGCUGCCCUGUCCAACCCACACAUUCAGCCGCCCAGAAGCUCAACCGAAGAAGCAAUAGCAGUGUGUCACCAGCUCGUCGAGCUCCAGAUGCUUCAGCCUCUCAAAGGCAAUUCCUGUAGAUUCGAACCACUCGACACCACAAUCUACAGCGUGCAUCCGCAUGGCAUUGGAGGAUAUCACUUUCCAAUGGCCGAGUCACUCGAUCUCACAGAACCCCUCAAGAGCCCCACGGCCAGCAUCAGCAGUAAUCUGACUUAUUCUGGCGGAAGCUUCACUAGCCUGCUCGGAAGACUCGGACAACGCAGCCAACGAAACCAGGAAAAGCAAUUCCAGCUCGCAAACCAAGAAAUGAUGAUGGCCGAAAAAGUCUAUCGUGAAAGUGUCCAAUUAGCCGAGAAAAUGAGACUCCAGACUGAAGAAUCAUUGUCGUCUUAUUACGAUGAUAUGGAGAACCUCGAAUUAGAGCGUAUCGAAACCCUGAAGCAAAUAUUUGCCACGAUAACAACUUUGCUUGCCAAUACACUGCCACUGUUCAGCGAGACCUAUGACUGUAUCAAUAUAUACCAAGAAGCCAUUCGUCCAGACAAAGAAGUCCAGUUUAUUGUGGAGCAGUAUCGUACAGGUCGAUUUUGUCCUCGUCCAAUAUUGUAUGAAAAUCAUUAUGAAGGACCUGCUGUUGAUCAAGUCUUUGGAGUUGCUUUGGACGAGGUAGCUCAGUACAACCAAUCCCUCGUACCACCGUUUAUUGCCAAUGCAAUAAACUCUAUUGCCUCAGCUACAACCGAUCUUCAUGAAGAUGAACGAGAAAAGACAUGGACAACAAUGCUGCCUCUAGAUCUUGUUCACGCCGCCCGUCAAGAACUCAAUGUGUCACCAGAAAAGACAGCUUUAGACAAACUAGAGCGCUUUGAUGUCUUGGUACUUGCUUCUCUUGUACGACUCUACCUUUUGGAAUUACCCGAAUGUCUGUUGACAUUUGAGCUCUAUGAGCCUGCAAAGACAAUAUACCUCCAACAUAAUGAACAGAGUAUCGAAGAAGAAUGUCGAAUUACUUCUGUAGCCAAGAUGAUGACCACAUUAGCUUCUGCUAAUUUCUAUACCUUAAAGACCAUAAUUUACCACUUUCACACGCAAAAAGACAGCUUUCGUCUCAAUGCACUGGCUUCUUUGUUUGGACCAAUUUUGUUGCGCCCAGUAACAGAAUCUACAAAGAAUAUCCACGACAAGCAUCCUCAGCGACUUUUCCGUGAUCUUAUUAUCCACUUUGACAAGAUUUUCUCUCGAGACAUGCACAAGACACAAGAAGACAAUGUCAAUCGACGUGCGAUUGUGGCCAUUCCGGACCUCAUGAUCCGAUCCUCAACAUCGACUGAUCUAUCCUUCUUGCCCCCAUUGUCCCUUUGCCCCACUGAUGACAGUAGCGAUGAUUACUCUGACAAACCGAGAUUGUCUCGGGACGAUAGUCUCUCAGUGGCCAUAAGUGGGUUCGUGACUUCAUCCCCAAGAGAAAGUUUGACACUUGAGACAGGUCGGAAUCGGUCAUUCUUUUCUCUCUUGAGAAGACAGGAUCCUUCUGUAACCCAGCAAAAGAAAACACCACCGGCCAAUUUACGACUCCAGGCGUCCUCGCGAGUACCUCUGCCUUCACCGUUUUCUAUCACAUUGUUUGAAGAUCCCGAAGAAAGCAUAGCGGCCACACCACGGACUAGCCAGUCCAUAUCGGUCUCUGAUCAAACAUCCGUAACACUACAAAAUGGGGACAAUUAUUCGUUUGUCUGGGCGCGCGAAUUAGAGAUCCAGCCAUUUGAUGUUGACCCGUUGAGCCUGGACCCACUGUUUGUAAAUGAGCAUUAA